UCGGGUCCCGAUGCUCUCGAGGAAGCGUUGGGCCGCCUUUCCAAGAAAGCAGGCGUCAGGGCAACAAUCGUCCUAGAUCGUGCCUCGGGCACAAUCCUAAAGACAAGUGGCCAGAUCAGCUCCAUCCGCAGCUCCAAGGCAUCUGGCUCGUCCGUGCCCGUUGUUGGGUCCUUCCCAGGCGAAGCCAAUGGCAACAACAACGGCCAGGACCAAGGCGCAGAGGAACUGGCAUCGAUGGUGUGGAACUUCGUGGCCACUGCGGGAAGCUUUGUACAAGAGCUUGACGCCGAGGAUGAAGUAAAAUUGCUGCGAUUACGAACCAAAAAGCAAGAGUUUGUCAUCGUUCCCGACGCCAAGUAUCUGUUGAUUGUGGCGCAUGACACGUCGUCGGCGUGA